AUAGUACAUGCUAUGCUUGCUAAUGUUACGGGGUCCAAGUCCAACACAUCCGUGAUUUUGAUAAAUACCAACGACGGUUGCGCGAGCUCACAGUUACUAAUCUCACGCACAUUCUUUCUCUCUCUAAAUUCUGCACCACAAUCCGCAAAAUGACCAAAUACUUCUUGCUGUGAAUGUCGAAAAUGCCUGCAGGCACAACAUGUGAAGUGAUGCAAAACGGCAACACUUGUUUCACCAGAUCCUUUCGUCAUUGAUGGGGAAGAAAGGAGGCAGCUGGUUCUCAUCUGUGAAGAAAGUUUUCAAGUCAUCUUCUAAAGAUUCGCCCCAGCCUGAGAAGAAGAAGGACAACACACAGAAAUUACAGCAUGAAGUGGCAGAGGUGGUGUCCUUUGAGCAUUUUCCUGCAGAGAGUUCUCCAGAUAAUGUGAGCAAUGCAGAGAUGAGUACGACAUCAACGCCAGUGACCAACGAAGAUAGAAGCCAUGCGAUUGCCGUUGCAGCAGCAACUGCCGCAGCUGCAGAAGCUGCUGUGGUGGCUGCUCAAGCAGCUGCAAGAGUUGUAAGAUUGGCAGGAAGUUACGGGCGGCAGUCCAAGGAAGAAAGAGCAGCAACACUCAUUCAAUCAUACUAUAGAGGCUACCUGGCUCGACGUGCACUACGAGCAUUGAAGGGAUUAGUGAGGCUGCAAGCACUGGUGAGGGGACACAAUGUGCGGAAGCAAGCGCAGAUGACGAUGCGGUGCAUGCAAGCACUGGUGAGGGUGCAGGCACGAGUACGGGCUCGCCGAUUCCAAUUGAGUCACGCGGAUCAGGAAAGAGAGAAGAAAGAAGAGCCCAAGCCCAUACCCGUGCCCGUGCCCAUGAGCCCCCUGAGAAGAAUAGACGACAUUAAUGACUGGGACAAUAGGCGUCAAAGUAGCUACAAAAUUAAGGAAAACGAUUUGCGGAAACAUGAAGCUGUAAUGAAGAGAGAGAGAGCUCUUGCAUACGCUUUCAACUAUCAACAGCAACAACAAAAGCAAUUUUUGCAGCCAGACUGGAAUGGUAAUGAUGAUGUAGGAACAAACUAUGAGCAUGAAAAAGCCCAAUGGGGUUGGAACUGGUUGGAGCGUUGGAUGUCAUCCCAACCAUACAAUGUCAGGAACAUGGGGCCACAUGAGACCUCUUACAUGACUCUUGCUUCUACAACAUCAACUACCACUGAUAACAUGUCUGAGAAGACCGUAGAAAUGGACAUGGUUGCAACUCCAGGCCCAACCAACACUAGAAAUGUCAGUCCCAUGAACCAAGACUUUGUUGAUUUAAGCCCAGUUUCUAAUAGGCACCGUCACAUACCUCCCAGCCCAAAUAGACCUAGCUAUAUGACCCCAACUCAGUCUGCAAAGGCCAAGGUUCGAGCCCAAGGCCCAUCCAAGCCUCGAGUUUCAGUUGGGCAGUGGAACUUCUCAACAAAGGGAGGUUCGACUGGUGACUCAUCUAGCUCGGGAGGACGAAUUGUCGCUUACCAAUUUCCAAGGAGCCCAGGCCCAAAAAUUAAUGGCAUUCGGUCACAGUCUAAAAGGAUUGUGGGUAGCAGUCCAGAUUACACUGAAGAUUGGACCCUUCCACUCGGAGCCCAUGGCUGGGCAUAAUUUGAUUAAUUUGCAUUUUCUAAAAAAAAAAAAGUCAAAAUCCAAUCAAUAUGGAGUUUAUGAUUUUCUCUAAGAUUGAUCAUAUGACGUGAAGUGAUAUUUAUGGACAAUUUAAUAAUGUAAUUGGUGAUGUCAAGAAUCACAAUUUUGAGAUUGUGAUGUAAGAACAUUUCAUAUUAUGUUUUACUUAUAAGAAAAGAAGUUAAUGAGUUGA